UCAAGAAUCAAGUAAACAAAUAAAAUAUAGUUAGGCAUAAUCGAUACCACCGGUGUAUCAGCGGUGGAUGUAGGAAAGCCGUAAAGCAUAACACGAGCCUCCGAGGAAAAUAAAACAAACGAUUCUUGUAUUUUAAGUCGGAAUUAAUUGAGUAAUCAUGCUGCUGGAAGUUUGUGUGGACAAUCUGGAGUCCGCUACCACAGCAGUCUACAGUGGAGCUGAUGAGAUAGAAGUCUGCAGCUUCUUGUCUGAGGGAGGACUGACACCGGCUCCAGAGCUGGUCUACGAAAUCCUUGAUAUGAUUAAUUUCUAUAUGGACACUACAUUUGCCCGCAAGAAACCAAAGGUCAAUGUGAUGAUCCGUUGCCGGCCAGGUUGGGACUUCUGUUACAACGAAAUUGAGAUGGCAAAAAUGGUUGCCCAAAUGGCUGAUUUUAAGAGCAUGGACGUGGAUAGAUUUGUGUUUGGAGCUAUCACAGCAGACGUCCCUAAGGAGGUGGACGUCGCUGCCUGCAAGAAGAUUUUAGCUGAGGCUCAUCCUAAGCCUGUGACAUUCCAUCGGGCCUUUGACAUGUGCCCGAAUGUCCUUACCACCAUGGAGCAGAUCAUAAAGUUGGGAUUCGACCGUCUCCUGACAAGCGGACAAAAGGAUAGCGCGUCACACGUCGAGGCGAUCAAGACGAUUCGCUAUCUGCAGGAUGCCUAUGCUGAUCGAAUACAGAUAAUGCCAGGCGGGGGCAUUAAUGCGGAGAAUGCUCAGAUCUUUGCUGAAAUGGGUUGCAAGAUUGUUCACGGCUCUUGCCGACCGCCGAAGCAAGCUCCGGGCGAGGAACAUAUCUAUUCCACCGAUGGCGAUAUCGUGCAAGCUAUCAAAGAAAUUGUUACCUUCUAAAUGUACCUACAUAACAUGCAAAAAAUAACAGCCUAUGCGUCCCACUGGGCGUAGGUCUCCCCUUAAACAACCAAAGGGGUAACUAGAUUUAUGCCCCUUAAAACUUGGCAUGAUUCGAGUGACAUCUCUAUCGCCUCUUUCGCACUAAGCUGUAUACCGAUAGUGCGAAAGAGAUGUAUCUCUCGUUUCUUUCGCACUAGGCGACGUACCUACUAUGUCCUGCUGAUGUUCUAAUCAUGCUACAUUUUAAGGGGUAUAAGUAUAUACAGGGGUCGUAACUGGUUUUUGUCGGUUUUUUGUAUCUACAUUGUUCCACCUUCUCCUGUGUGGAUUGUGAGAUCAAUGACCAACCUUUUUAACCCUGGUGUCUGGGUCUUAACUAAUAUACGUCAUGUAUCGGUUAUGAAGCUUGAUUGCGUCCUUUACCACAUAGAAUAUAUAAUUUGCAACAUUUUAGAAUUAAAUUAACUCCUUCGUUCGGAGUAAACUGGCCCAGUCUCAAAUCAAUUUAGGCGAGUAGACUACAAAAAAGUGUAAACUCGUCACAGGCCAGAUUGGGCGACUUAUCACCUAACCCGUAACGACUACAUACCUAAAGUAAGAUGCUAUUUGGUCCAAACUGUGAUAUGAGCGAGUAGGUACACAUGUAUUUUUUUAUUCGUCGCUUAGUUGACUUUUGUUGGGACAUUUCGGGAGGAUGUUUGAGAAACCAAGUAUGUGAGCGACACUGAUGCGAAAACCAAUGCUCGAGUGGCGAGUGCGUGUUCUGAGCUGCGACUGUACUGUCUUCUUGCGUUUUCAUUUCUGGUAUAUAUCCUAUUUAUUCCUGUAUUUUCUGUGGGCUGGAAGACAGCAACAUGGGCAGUGGCGGCCCUAGCAAAAUACUUAGGUGGUGCGAGACCUCGAAAUGGCACCACUCAGCCCUUUAAAAAAAAAAAAGUUUACGGGCACCCGGGAUGAGCAAUCUAACCCGAUGAAUUUAGUUUGCGGCCAGGGUGAACCAGUAUUGGUUGAUUUUGCAGCAGCGUCCGGUGCGGUGGCAUAUCUCGCACCGCCCUAGGGCUGCCACUGAACAUGGGCCUCUGCUUGCGUGGAAGUCCGUGUUUCUCUAAAACUGGAAAGGUCAGAUAACGUCAGUUUUGUUUUCAAAUAUGAGUCAGUCAAAUCAGUAGAUCUUCAGUAGAGUAGUGAGUGAGUUAGUAGAUCUUUGGACUAUAAACUUGCUUGUGACCCCUACUGUAUAUUAUAAUCUGAUGUAAUCAUCUCAAUUAUGCCAAUAUUAACCCGAAUUUUUGAACUAUAUCGAUGUCUAUAUUUAGAUGAAUCAUUCAAUGACUUUAUUCAAUGAAGUAGGUAGGUACUUAAUCCGUAAUUUAUUAUUUACUUGUUGAAUCAGCGAAUUUAGCACCGUAAGCAUGCGACUCUUUCUCGCCGCGACAGAGAUCAUCUGUCUCUUUCUGUGCAGUACUGUGAGAGAGUGACGGGUGACACAUGUCGAGGCGAGAAAGAGUCGCACGCUUACGGUGCUAAGCCCGCUGAUAUACCUAAUCAUCUCAAUUAUGUCAAUACGUAGUAACACGCAUUUUUUAAGUAUAUCGAUGUUUGUAUGUAGAUGAAUCAAACGAUCAUUUUUAUUUAGUAAAUAAUUAUAACAAAUGAAGUAGGUAGGUGGUUAAUCCGCAAUUUGUUAUUGUUUACAAGAUUUUGUUUUAUAUGAUAUAAUUAUCUCAAUUAUACGAAUUUUCUGAAGAAUAUUAAUGUCUAUUUAGAUAAAUCAUUCAAUGAUGGUAUUUAUUAAUAAACUAGGUACUAUAAGUACCAACUUAUA